AAAUAAUCCUCAACAAAAAUAACACAAGUGUCCUAUGCCAUGCUAGUAUAGAACUCAAGGCACACCACAGAAUAGAAUAGGCAUAGACCAAAGCUCAGGUUUCAACAAUAACUGAUUGAGCAAUGACCCUUCCAAUCAACUGACAUCAGCAUGCCUCUGGCAUUCAUCAACUGAAAAUGGAUGACUCAAGAACUCGCCAACAAACGAUGAACGACACCAGAACGAUCGUAGACAUCACGGACCAUGCCUGUAAGGCGGAGCUGGCUGUGUACCGCGCUGGUGAACCUCCGCCGGCGCUGCGACUCUGCAUUACCCUGCGCCUGUGGUCGGACGCGCUGCCGGGACGGGUGACGCCGGCCACGGCCGAGUGGGCGCUCCAGCUGCGCCGCCUGGAGACCCCGUGCCCGGCGCGCGCCGCGCCCCCGCCCGCCUGCAAUGGCCACGUGGAGGGUGACGGUCCGGCGGCGGCGGGGACGGCCAGCCGGGCCUCCUCGCCCGGUCUGACGGUCGCCCAGGACGCCGACUCGGCGACCAAGACGCUGCUGGCGCACCUGGAGCACCUGGCCGACUGGAGCCGGCAGACGGGCCGCGCCGACCAGCUGUACGUGGUGACCGGCUCCGCCGAGCUGGUCCACCAGCAGCUGCAGCUGCUCCAGCAGCUGGCGCCCGACGACGAGCCGGCCGGCUGGCUGGCCGAGCGGGGCGCCGCCGCCGAGCGGCUGCUGCGCCGGCUGCAGCAGCAGCUGCUCGGCUGGCACCGGCAGCAGCUGGCGGCGCGCCUGCUGACCGACCCGUGCUCGCAGGACUGGCUCUCCCCGCGCGCGGCAGAGGAGGGCGGCCGCUGCUCUUUCGCUGUCCAUUGGUGGUGGCUGCACAUGCAGGCGGUGCGACACGACGCGCGUCAGGCGCUGUCGGCCGAGCGGGCCGGCCGUUUGUUCGGGGUCCUGCUGACCGAGUCGCUCGGGCAGAUCGGGGUACACUACGGCCAGGUGCGGCUGGAGUCGGAGGAGCGCGCCGAUCAGCUGCGCUGCGACCUGAUGACGGUACUUCUGGCGGCCUCCGAGCUCGUGCUGGCCGUGGCCGCCGAGCCGGAGGAGCUGUUUGUCUCGGGUGAGCGCGAGGACUCGCCGGCAGCGCUGGUGGCCGCCCGCUGCCGGCUGCUUCUGCUGCUGCUCGGCCACCUGGCGGCGCCGCUGAAGGCCGUUCACAAGCGGUGCGGCCGCGGCGGGUCGCAGCGGCUACUGCCGGCGCCGCCCAGCUGGCUGGCCCUGGUGCGGCCGGCGCUGGUGCCGCCGGACGCCGCCGCGCCGCGCCAGCUCGACUCGCACGUGGCCGUGUACCUGCUGGUGCGUCUGCUGACCGCCGCCUUUCCGUCGCCCGCCUGCUGGCCGCUGCUGGCACGCGCCCUGCUGGAGCGGGACCUCACGCUGUCCGUACUGCUGCUAGUCCACCUCACCGAGCUAGUGGAAGCGGGCGAGCCGGCCGAGCCGACCGGCGGCGGCGCGGCGCGCUCCGCCUGUCACGGCGCGCUCUGCUGUGACGCCCCGGACGAGGGGUGUGUGGCGCACGGCGCCGUCUCUGCGCGCGCCCUCUUCUCGGCGUUGGUGCUGGCGGUGACACGGGCCGCUCCAGCCGGCCUGCAGCCGCUGCGAGUGCUGCUGUCGCCCUGUCUGGACCGACUGGCCGACCGCGGCUGUCCGAGCGUGUGGAACCAGCGCCGGCCGCUGUGGCUGCAGGCGCUGGUCGACCUGGCCGAGCCGCUGAUGGCCUCCGCCGUCUCCGCCGUCGUGGAGGACAUUCAGGAGAGCACGGAUGCCGACCCGGAGAGUCGCGCCGUCGCGCUGCUGCAGUACGCUGCCGAGGUGGCCGCCGACCUCCCGCCGCUCCUGUUCGACCUCAGCGAGCUACCCGUGGAGCCGCCGCCGCUCGGAUUGGCAACGCACGUGCUCCUCAGCGCCCUCUACGACGCGCUCAACGACCAGGAGGCGGUGAUGCGGGCGGCAGCGGCCGGCGGAGAGCGCCGCGCCGCACACGUCUGUGUCACUGUCGGCGAGGCUCUGUGCCGGCCCAGUGAGGAGCUGCAGCGGCACAUAGCUGCCUUGGCCGACACGCUGCGAGUACUGGCCUGUGAGCCGACUGACGAACCGGUGUCCACAGUGGAAGACGAGAUAACGUCUCUCCCACCGGGAACAGCGGCGGCCGAACAGGCGGCUGUGAUUGGCUCCGACCACACUGGCCGCCGUGCGCUGUGGCUGAUCGCGGCCGUGCUGCGGGAGAACGGCGGCUGGCUGCGCCGGCGACUGGGCGUGCCGGCGCCUCUGGCGGCCGCCGCCGAGCCGUGCAGUGACCCGCUCUCACUGCGGCUGCACGACGAGUCGGUGUUCUGGCCUGCAGCCGCGCUGCUGCAGCUGGGCGGCGGCCGGCUGGAGCAGGCGCGCCUGCUGCGGCUGCAGCCCGAGUGGCGCACGCUGCUGGCCGCCGACCUGGGCCAGACGCCGCCGCUGGUGCGCAGUCUGGUGGCGCGCCGCUGGGAGCUGCAGCCGGACGCGGCGCUCGCCGACGGACAGACGGAAAUGGUGGAGACGCUCCGGCGCCGCCUCCAGCUGCUCUGAGAGCGCGUGCAGCAGCCGAGCUGAACGGACGUCGCUGAAAGAUAAACUGGGGUGCUCUGAUGUGACAGAAUCGUCCGAACCCUGGAAAGCUGUUGUGAAAAAACAGCUUUCGUUUUUAGGUCUGAAAGAAUUGAUAUAUCAGCUUAUAUGGCGAUACUGGACUGUAACAACGUAUGUACUUACAGAUACGGAAACUUAGAGAUCGGUAACGUUUUGAUCUCUUGCGAAUCUCUAUGAGUCUUGGUUGUGGCGUAUAAUGUUUAUACCGUAAACGCAUGCAUGUUUAAAUGUCGCCGGUAUUUUUUCGAACUGCUCUGGCUGAAGCGAUUACAGCUCUGGUCAUUACUAGUCAAUGAACUUGUUGCCCUGAAAGGUGUUAUUUUUUAUUACGUAUGACUUGUUUAUUGCUAUUUAUUUCUUAUUUAUUAUCUGUGCUUCGUGCAUGGUGAAUUCUUGUAUCGUAUUUCGCGUCUAUUGUUUUAUCAUUUUUUAUCAUGUUAGGUGCUCUACAUGAGUGUAGCUCGUCUUUCCAUCAGUGUAAACCACAGUCCACAUCCGUCCCUAGAUCCGUCCAGAACUUAUUGAACUGUGAACAGUCAGUGUCAUCGUAACUGGUAAGUGUGCCGUUGUGUCUCAGGAUAUGUACGCGGACUUGCAGUUCGGCAUUACCGAGGUGGAUUAUAUAAUAUGGAAUCCAUGCAUGGUGAAUAAGGGUUACGAUGUAGUGUAGUCGCGAUCCGAGGAAAGGAUAUUGGUUGAUCAUUGCCAUGUCCAGCAUGUUUUAGGUCCUGUGUACACUCAGACGUAAAAAUAAACGUUCAAAUUGUA